CGAAAAAAUAUAAUUUAUCUCUUCGCUUUUAAUUGAAGACUACAGAACUAUAGAAAAUAUAGCCGAAAAGUGUUAAGAAAAGCGAAUUUGGCAUACAAAUGUUACCGAUCGCCCAAAAUGAUUGCUUUCUCAAUAUGAGCCAAGAUUAUCUGAUUUGCACGACAAUACAUAAAGCGCGGCAACUGGGCUUUUUCACUGGCGAGACAUUUGUACGCAUCACACUGGACAAAGCGCAUAGAACGACCAAGUCUUAUGCGCGCUCUGAAAAUCCAUACUACAACGAGUAUUUCGUCUUUGAGCUACGUUGCACUCUAACUGAACUGUUGCGUUUAACGGUCUUGUAUGAGGUGCGAAAACGCAAUGCAUGCAAAAAAACCUUGACCCAUGGCGAACUGCUCAUUGAUCUUCAGAGCGUUUGGAAUCAACCGAAUCGUUGUUACUUCAAAAAAUGGGGUCGUCUUGAGGCCUCUAUAGCGGACAUGUCCAAUAUCACGCCAGGCGUAUGCAAAGGUUAUCUACAGAUUGAUUUGGCAAUUGUCUCACAGAACUCGGAUCCCAACACUGUGCUUAGACCACACGAAGACGCAAUGCUGGAGCUGAAUAAAUGGCAGAUAAAUCAGGACUAUGAUAAUAUCGAGAGAAAUAUGCUACAAAAUGCGGACAACAUGAUGCAGUGCAAUAUCCGUUAUAAUGUCACGCUCUAUAAAGCAGUGCUGACCAAGAAGAGCGACUAUCUCAUACAAUUUAGAUUCCAUCCUUUCAAGGGCAAGACAAAUGUUUGCAAAGCCACAGCUCAACCGGUGUGGAAUCAUUCGGUGUGCUUCUCAUGGACAUUCCCAUCACUAUCGCAGACCUUUGUUGUACAGAUUUUAUCACAUGAGCACCUACAAUGGAAGACUGUCGCAGACUAUGAGAUCCAUUUCGAUGAGAUUGCAUUUAAAGAUAAACCGGCUUUGGGCCCUACAUACGUGCAUUUCUACGAUAUGUCCAAUCCACUGCAAUACCUUGGACGACUUUUAGUGGAGGUCAGCUCGGAGUGUCUACCCACUGGUCCAGCGCGUGAUCUCUUAACAAAGCCCGUUGCACCGUUAGAAGAGAAACGUUGGUGGCAGGAAGAGACAUUCCUAGUGGAGUUUCUACCACUGCAAGGCGACUUUAUGCAUGGAAAUUUUAGUAACUGCCGAAUAUCUAUGAGGCUCGCAGAGAAUUCCUCCAACUAUGUGGAAUGCUAUCUGAAAAGCUAUCCAGGUAAAAUGACCAGCGCUGGCACCAACUUAAAGUAUUUUCGACAAGAAGCGGCUUACAAAGCGGUUUACUUAAGACUCACUAUGCCCGAUAAUCGGUAUAAAUUCGAUAGUGAUUAUUAUAUGCAAGAAAUUUUGGAUCUAAUAGAAUCGGAACUGAAAACAUUCAAACUUUUUCAAAUCAAAUACAUCAACCAAUUCGUACUCCAAGCCAAAUGUUUGAAGGCCAUUAUAAUGAAUUUGCAAAAUAAAUUAAAGGAGGGUGUCGACGAAAAAAGGCUAGAAUACGCUGGUUUCAAAGACACCACCAUGUGGGAUACCAAUCGCUUAGUCUACGUAAAUGCUUUUUUCGAAAGAUUUCCUGAAAAUCUGCGGGCGAUGCGUCAAAAGCUAAAGACUGCGCCCCCCAUGUUAAUAGAAAGCAUCAUCGUGGAAGUUGUAGAUCAAAUGGUUUUACAUUCGAACGAACUAAAGAGCCUUUUGGCCACAACGCGCUUACAGGAUGAAUGGCCCACCCUCUUUAUUAUGAUCACUGUAUCGGGAAAUCGUGAUAUUGCGGUUUGCCGACUCAAUGCGAAAUACUUUUUAAAUGCACCAAAGGACAAAACAGCCAGCCCGAAUAGUUUAUGUUGGCGCAUGCGGAAUUUCAUAUUCAAGGAUAUUCAAUGUCAGCACAGCUGCAUCAAUUGUGGCUGCAAUGUCGGCAUUAUACAAGGCACACUUGGCAUCGUGGUCGAUAGCGAACGUACCGAAUACGUGGCCACCAUCACCAACGAUUGGAAACAGACCGAACUCUACUAUUGGACACCCAUUGUACACUACACCGUUUACAAAUGCCGAAUAUUUAUACAUCAAGCAAAAGUGCGUCCAGGCAGCGAUACAAAUGGGCUUUGUGAUGGCUAUCUACGCGUUAUCUUUGGUUCGCAGUGGGCGCAGACAUCCACAGAAGAGGCCACGCUCUCACCAAUAUGGAAUUGUGUGAUUUGCUUCGACAUGAUUGUGAUGCCCGGCAUCAUGCAAUGGUACUUCAAACAUCCUCCACUUAUAUCUGUGGAGCUGUACGAUCGAGAUCGUGUAACGGCCAAUGACUAUGUUGGUUGUGGUACUGUACAGGUAUCAGUGAUAAGUACGAAAGAUGCGGAUGAUAGCGCACGCGAAGAGCCUGAAAAUAAGCUCAAGCUAAACAAAAUGGUGAAGACGAGAAUCGCUAUGAAGAAAUUUCAUAAACUCAAAGUGUUGUCUCCACCACCGCUCAGCUGGGUGCCGAUUGCUCAGGAUGGCAGUGUAAGAGCGGAGGUGUUGAUGUCUGCAGAGCUCGUGGAGAUACAACAAGAAAUUGGGCAAAUGGAAAUAAUGGAGCCGACCAUCACAAAUGGUAUACCGACGAGUAUAAAACCAAUUAUGAAAAACUUUGUGUUAGAGGUGGUUUUCAUUGGUUUUAGAAAUUAUACAAAGACCACUUUUGGUGGCAGACAUCGGAUAAAAGUCAUGAUGGGUGAUCUGGUGCUAACGAGUGGACUUUCAUCGACGCGUUUGAAGAAUAGCAUUAACUUUUUAGUAAUAUUUGCUUCUGGGGUGGUGAGCCUUCCUGAGCAACUCGAAUAUUGGCCAGCAAUCAUUGCUACAGAUGUAUCCGUUUCGUCGAAGGGUGCCGAAACGACAUUGGGUGCCGUUUUGAUACCUGAUUCAAAACGUUUUCUGCAAUCAGCUAAAUCAGUAAAAUGUAUACCGGCAAUGCCUGGCGACGAAGCUUCAACGAUGCUGCAAAUAGCUGAUAGGGAGGACAAUGAAACUGAACCACUGCUAAAUAAGAGCAAACUAACGCUAUUCCAGCGCACUAUUGGUGUCUUCAAAAAAUCUAAAGAUCCUGCAAGAUUACCACCAAUCGAAAAUAUUGAUCACUUACAAGCAAUCGAUGAAACUCAAUACAGUUGGUGGACAAAAUAUUAUAACUCGAUUUAUUCAUAUCAGGAAACCGGUGAUUUUUCUCAUCUAUACAAGCAUAGCUUGGUCAUUUAUCCUAAUGAGUUGGAGCGUCAAGCCGAUCUCAGCUAUUUACACGACUGGGCUGAACCUGUCAAAUUGGUACAUGGUGUAAAAUAUAAAAAGAACUCUAUGCCAAAGGAAGAAACAUAUGCGACACUGAAGUUAAAUAUUAAACUUGUGCCCUGCAAAUGUGGCACCAAUGAUGGCGGUGAUGGUAUUAUGUUACGUCCACUAGCAGCGGCUCUGAAUCCACGUUAUCAGGCCGAGCUGCACACACUUACCGACCUAACAAAGAUUAUUGUUCGCAUCUAUGUGGUGCAAGGUGUACAAUUAAGGCCGCAUGACAAGAACAGCAAGUCGGAUGCUUACGUUAAAUUGCAAUUAGCUGGAAAGACUAUAGCGAAUCGGGCGCAUUAUGUGCCCAAUGAGAGUAAUCCGAUAUUUGGGAAGUGCUUUCAAAUGGAAGGAGUGCUGCCAAGAGAUAAUAUGCUGGAAAUCUCUGUUUUCGAUCGCAACAUGUUUGCUGAUGAUUAUAUCGGCUCCACUUUUAUUGAUUUGGAAGACCGUUGGCGUUCAAGGCAUCGCGCUGCUGUUGGCAUUUCUAAGGAAUAUUCGAAGAACGGAUAUAAUAAAUGGCGUAAUAUUGCCACACCAUUUGAGAUUCUGAACGAGCUUUGCUCCCAACAUGAUCUACCAGCACCACAGUUUCUUGGAAAGAGUAUUGAAGUAGGCGGUUUGAAGUUUCAAGAUGAAACGCGUAUUGCGCUAGACGAAGAAUUGCAAGAACGGCUAAGUCUAACGGCGCUUCAUCACUUCGAUCAGCUACCUUCCUUUGGUUACAAACUGGUGCCGGAGCAUGUAGAAACUCGAACUUUAUACAGACGUGAUUGCCCGGGUAUAGAACAGGGUAAAAUACAGUUAUGGGUUGAAAUGUAUGAAGGCAAUCUAAAUAUACCGGCACCUAUCGAUAUUACCCCACACCCACCGCAAUCGUACGAAUUACGCGUCGUAGUCAUUGGUUGCACCGACCUAACGUUGGAUGAGCGAAAUAUAUUUGGCAAAAAGAUGAGCGACAUUGUGGUGAAAGGCUGGUGCACCGACAGAGAGCAAAUGCAAGCCACUGAUAUCCAUUACCGCUCAUUCGAUGGAGAAGCAGCUUUUAAUUGGCGCAUGGUAUUUCCCCUCAAGUAUUCCUCCAAUGAGGAUAUGAUGGUAAUCAAAGUCAAAAGUAGCGUACUCAAUGAAUACGAAGUGAAACAUCCACCUGUUUUAUAUUUUCAAGUCUGGGACAAUGAUUUCAUCACGAGCAAUGAUUUUCUUGGCAUGCUCGAGAUUAAUUUGUCAAACUUUCAAGAGCCCUGCACGAAUCGUCGUUUCUGCACACUAACCAAUGAGUUUGCCGGCAUUAAGCUGCCCGAAACCCUAGCUCGCUUGCAAGGUAUCGCACAUCAGCGCCGCCCGACGGUGAAUUUGUUUGCCAAGAAACGCAUACGUGGCUGGUUUCCUUUGCACGGUAACAUCGAUCGUGCGUCCAAUGAAAAACGGCUCAAGGAACAGAUACGCACACAAACGGGUAAAAUCGAGCUAGAACUGGAAUUACUUACCGAGGCGGAAGCGGCUGCGAAUCCAGUUGGAGUAGGUCGGAAUCCUCCGAAUGCCUUAGCGAAACCAUCACGUCCCGAAACCUCCUUUAAUCCAUUUACCCAUCCACUUAAGUCAUUCCAUAAAAUCAUACAACCCUUUUUUAUCAAAUGUCUUAUUAUAAUUGGCGCUUGCGCUAUUGUCAUUCUGAUUAUUGUGCACUUCUUCUCCAACUUACCAUUCAAAUUUAUCGGAUUGCGUUGAAUUCAUUUCGAGUUAAAACUAUCUGAAAGGAAUAAU